AUGACAAUGGUACCGCCAAUCGAGCCAACUAGACCACCAAUCAACUUGCCGUUUCGACUAGCGGUGCUUUCUCCGUCAGCAGACACAAUUGCAGAAGUGGGCACGGCAAUAACCGUGGUGAUUGUGGUAUCGGCAUUUGUAAUGUAAGAUGUGUAAGAAGAAGUGAAAGACGUGGUUUUGCUACUGGAGAAUGAAGUAGUCGAUGCUGCUCCUGCAUUUCUGACAGAGUCUGUUGUUGAAGACGCCUGCCUUGAGGAGGAUGAAGAUGAAGAUGAACGAGACAGACUAGAUGAUGUAGUGCUAGCUGCAACUGAAGAUGAUGAGGAUGAGGAUGAGGCUGACGCUGAGGAUGAGGAUGAGGAUGAGGCCGAGGAUGAAGAGGAAUCUGUGGUUUCUGUUUCAGUAGAUGAGCCCGAGGCAGACAGGUUGCUGGUGUCCAGAUGUGAAGAAGAUGGCAGUGUUGACGAGGAUGUCGGUGAAACUCCCGACAGUAACAGCAACGUUGCUGCUGCAGAUGAGGAAGAGCUUGUUCCUGACGAGGAUGACGUGGCUGACAAAGACAGGGAGCUAGAGUCGCUCAGUUGUGACGAGGAUGAUGAUGAUGAAUCUGUUGACGAUGAAGAACCCGAGGAUGAAGUUGAAGAUAAAGACGAGGCACUGUCUGAUGAGGACGAGCUCAAACUUGAAGUUGAGGAUGAACUAUCUGACAAGGAAGAAGAAGACGAAGAAGAAGAAGAGCCUGGCAAGGGGGUUGUUGACGAGGAAGACGACAGUGACAUUGACGACAGUGACGAAUCGUAA